AUGAAAAGAGUCAUGGCAUUUGCCGCAUCCGCAAAUGUGAAAGGUCAUUCAAAAUCGGGUGGUUACAACACAUCACCUUCGUUAAGUCCCAGCCCACCUCUGCGUCUGUCACGAAGGUAUGGGUCCACUAACCGGAGAACAGGCUACCAGUCAGACUCUGAAUGUGGCAUGGUCACUGGCAUGCAUGACCUCAGUCUGCUACAGAAAGACAAAUCUGCCACCAGACAGUUUGAGAAUAGGCGGACAUUUUGUUCUAAUGGCAGCAACGUGAUCUUGAGAAAGCUGAGUGAUGUUGCCACGAUGCUGAAGAAUGGACAGGCCAAAAAUGUGGUGAUUGUUGCAGGGGCUGGAAUAUCAACACCCAGUGGUAUUCCUGAUUUUAGGACACCAGGCAGCGGCUUGUACGAUAAUCUUCAGCAGUAUAAUAUUCCAUAUCCAGAAGCCAUCUUUGACAUAGAUUUCUUCCAUCACAACCCUCGGCCGUUCUUUGCCCUGGCUAAGGAGCUGUAUCCGUCUGGAAAGUACAGACCCAAUUAUGUGCAUUACUUUGCCCGUCUGCUGAGUGACCGAGGAAUCCUUUUACGCUUGUACACACAGAAUAUUGAUGGCCUAGAGAGAUUGGCAGGGGUUCCUCCAGAAAAGUUGGUGGAAGCUCAUGGAACGUUUUCUUCAGCCUCAUGUAUUGUCUGUCAGGAGAAGUACAGGGGCUCAGAUAUUAAGGAAAGUAUAUUUGAGGAUAAACUUCCCACCUGCAAGAAACGAGGAUGUUAUGGCAUUGUGAAACCAGAUAUUGUCUUUUUUGGAGAAGAGCUCCCGAAGCGGUUUUAUUAUUACUUAAAAGACAUGCUGCAGACAGAUAUGGUGUUGGUUAUGGGAACAUCACUGGAGGUCCAGCCAUUUGCCGGCAUCAUUGAUACUGUCAGAUGGACUGUCCCCAGGGUUUUGUUUAACCGAGAAGCAGUAGGACCAUUUCGGCAUGGCAAGAGAGCUAAAGAUUUUGUCUCUCAAGGAGAUAUCUUAGAGUGCCUUCAGUCUUUUGCACAUAUGGCAGGCUUCAAAGAAGACAUGGAGGAUCUGAUUACUAGGUCAGAGGGAACAUUCAGACUGGCUGCACCGCCAACACCAGCAGCAGUGCAGGCACAAAGUAAGCCAGCAAACAAAUCCACCACAGCCCCCAAAACAGACCCAGCCUUGGCUGCCAUGUGGCGACAGAAUGCACGUGCUAACAUAUUUUCUGAUUCCGAGUCCAGCGAUUCGUCCGACCUCAUUGACACCGAGACUGAUUCUUCAUCCAGCUCCGAGAAACGGCCAGUUAACAAACAGGUCUUGUCUGUACAGAAUGGGAGGGCUGGAGGUGACGUCAAGCCACAGAAUUUCAAACCAAAUGCUUCAACAAAUAUUAUAAACAGUGGUGGGGAUAAUUUACGCUCACUUGGUGGCAAAUUGCCCAAAGGAGCUGGCGACAGUAAAGAUGGUAGUUCGGGCCAAACUCGUCACUUUUCAUCACUUUUGUCGAGGAGAAAAGGGAACAGUAAAGCCCAAACACCAAUCUUGUUUCGAAGACAGGAGAAUUCCUACUUUCAAUCACAAAAUGGCGUGGCCCACACCCAGGACGAUUGCUGGAUACGGAGCACGGUGAGGAGAAAACCACAAAUUGAUAUCAGCUUGAAGCCUCAGGCAAAACCACAGGUAAAUGCAGCUAGUCAUGCUACUAAACCGGGAUGCAGCUCAGGAAAGAAGGCAGCUUCAGACAAGACCCGCUCUAGCAGAGUUGGUGGAAUUCGGGCAGUCAUUGACCGCAUGCGCUCAGUGAAACCACCACAGGCGGAUCAUGUGCCAAAAACAGGCCUGAAACCUGCCUAUGCAGCACAAGCUCUCGCAUUUAAUGUGUCUAAUUCAAGUAGUUCCGACGAUGAUGAUGAUGAUUACCGUGAUGACAUUGAUGAUAAUUCCACAUCUGAUGACUCACAGUAA